GCAAGUUGUCUACCCUCUGGGUCUGAGCCCCUUCAUCUGUAAAGUGGGGAGAAUUGUGGGGACCGGCAAAAUUCUUUCUGAAUCUGAGGUGCCAUUAAUAUGACCACACCGCUGCCUCCUGCCUGCUGGGUGGGGGGGCCCCUGUUCUCGUGUGUCAGCUGGGGGCUACCUUGUCAUGUUUUUGACAAUGUCUGCUUUCAACUCCUCUGUUAUUUUGUCUUUCUUUCUUUCUGUUGCCUCAAUGAGUCUUUUGUUCUGCCGAAAGCUAAGCGGAAAAGGUAUAAUUGAUUCCUAAGUGUGAAAGGAGGGUAGAAGUGCUGUCUUCCAAGGGCGGGCUCGAUGCCCUGACGGAGGAAAGAUGCCGGGAGGGAGAGACCCAGAGACGAGAUUAAAGCCCAAGCAGCUGCAGGGACUGGCGGGACAAAGGGAGGGAGGGGGAGGAGCCUGGGCGUGGAGCAAGUUUAUGGGGAAAGUUGAGCACCGCGCCGGAGCCGGGCGGUGGCUGGGGCAGGCAGGAGGGCCAGAUCCAGAUUUCCCUGCUGCUCUUCAGGUAGCCUGGACCAUGCGCCUCUGGGGGCCUCGGAGCCUGGGGGUGGCUCUGGGAGUCUUCAUGACCAUCGGAUUUGCCCUCCAGCUCUGGGGGGGCCCCUUCCAGAGGAGGCUACCAGGCCUGCAGUUCCGACAGUCCUUGGCCCCAUCCCCGGGAUCGGGAUCGGCUGUUUCAUCCUGCCUGCCCCGGCAGCGACUUGUGUUCCUGAAGACGCAUAAAUCUGGGAGCAGCUCUGUGCUGAACCUGCUUCAUCGCUACGGGGACCGACACGGACUGCGCUUCGCCCUCCCUGCCCGCUACCAGUUCGGCUACCCGAGGCUUUUCCAGGCUUCUCGGGUCAAAGGCUACCACCCUGAGGGGGGAGGCGCCAAGCCCCUUUUCCACAUCCUUUGUCAUCACAUGAGGUUCAACCUGAAAGAGGUCCUUCGGGUCAUGCCUUCUGACAGCUUCUUCUUUUCCAUUGUCCGAGACCCAGCAGCUCUGGCCCGCUCUGCUUUCUCCUACUAUAAAUCCACUUCAUCGGCCUUCCGCAAGGCACCAUCUUUGGCCGCCUUCCUGGCCAAUCCUCGAGCCUUCUACCGACCUGGGGCCCGUGGGGACCACUAUGCCCGCAACUUGCUCUGGUUUGACUUUGGACUCCCCUUCCCCCCCGAGGUAAAGACCGAGAGAGGGAAUCCUCGUGCACCUAGAGACCCCAACCUCCCACAGCUGAAUGUUUUGCCUUCUGGCACUGGGCCCCGAGCCCACCACCCUCUGGAUCCCAAAGCUGUCUUCCAUCCUGCUCCCACAGUGGCCGGUGGUCACGGCCAGACAUCCAGCCCUGCCUCUUUAGAUUUGAGAUCUUCAUCCUUGCUCCAGUGGAGUCUGGCCUGGCUGGACUCUGUCUUUGAUCUGGUCUUGGUGGCCGAGUACUUUGAUGAGUCGUUGGUUCUGCUGGCAGAUGCCCUGUGCUGGGGUCUGGAUGACGUGGUGGGCUUCAUGCACAACGCACAGGCUGGAGGUGAGCAGGGCAGAGGCGCUGUUAGCAAUGGUGGACUGACCGCUGAGGAUAGGCAGCUGACUGCACGGGCCCGAGCCUGGAACCACUUGGACUGGGCUCUCUAUGCUCACUUCAACCACAGCCUGUGGGCACGGAUAAAUCAAUAUGGCCAGAGCCGGCUGGAGAGUGCUGUGGCAGAGCUCCGGGCUCGCCGAGAGGCCCUGGCUAAACAUUGUCUAGAGGGGGGCGAGGCUUUAGACCCCAAAUAUAUCACUGACCGACGGUUCCGUCCUUUCCAGUUUGGGUCAGGUAAGGUUUUAGGCUAUGUACUUCGGAGUGGACUCAGCGCUGCAGACCAGGAGGAGUGUGAGCGCCUGGCUACCCCUGAGCUACAGUACAAGGACAAGCUAGAUGCCAAGCAGUUUCCCCCAACAGUCUCUCUGCCCCUUAAAACUCCAAGGAUACUCUCCCCCCAGGCAUCAGACCAGUCUUAGGCUGAUGAGCUGUGAAGCCACGAGGGCACACAUAAUUGAAUAUGGGGCAGCCAGAUGCCAUUUCUGCUCCCCCCUGAAAGCACGUUAGUGCCCUAGAGGUUGAAUGAAACCUUGCACGGACCGGGGCACCAAGUCUUCCAGCCUGUGCCAAGGCAUUCAGGCAUUCAGCCCCUUGCAAUACUCCCUCCCUGCCCGUUUUGUCCCUUCCCUUUUCCAACCCCCUGGCAGGUCCUGAGCGCACUCUCAAAGAUCCUCCGGAGGAGCAAAUCAUGGAGUAAGCCAGGAAAAAAAAAUGCAUCCAUUUUUCUAUGAGUUAUUUGGUUCUGGACUAUGCUCAUUUCACUGUGAUAUAUGUUUGUUGAAUGAAUAAAUAAUUUGAGCCUC